GAGCACGGGCGAGGGGCGCCGCGGGUCCGGCGGCUGGAGAGGGGGCCCGGUGUGCAGGCCGCGCAGUCAGCGCUGGGGGACACUCCGGGGCGCCCCUGGGAGGCGGAAAGUGGGCGCGCCCCUGGCCAGGCCGGGAUCGGGGCGGGGCGCGCGGCCUCCCUGCGGGGGAGCGGUCACCCAGCCUCUCCGCCGCCGCCGCCAAAGUUUCCCGGAGGAGCCGGGGGCCGCCCUUCCUCUCGGGCCCGGCGCGCUGCCGCCCCUCAGGCCAGCACCGCCCCGGGGCGCCCGGCCCGGCUCCAUUGAGCGCAACUCUGAUCUCAACUUGGGAGGCGCCGCGGGCCUGCGCACGCGCGCGCCCUCCCCGCCGCCCCCGCCGCCGCCGCCGCCGCCGCCCACUCGGGAGCAGCUCCGGGCGGAGCGGUGCGCCCAGACCGCGGCCCCGCGCACCCCGCGCCGCCGCCCGUGCCCGCGCCCGCCGUCCGCCGCCUGCCGCCCGCCGCCCGCCGCCCGCUGCGCUCUCGCCCCCCGCGCCCGCUGAGCGCGCCCGCCCGCGGCCCAGGCUGGGCCCGGCCGGCCCGGCCCUCUACAGCGGCAAGUUUGGGAGUUGCACGAGUUUGCGGGGUGGGGGACAGGCCGGGAGGGCGGCCAUGGAGGAGGAGCGGGGGUCGGCGCUGGCGGCCGAGUCGGCGCUGGAGAAGAACGUGGCCGAGCUGACCGUCAUGGAUGUGUACGACAUCGCGUCGCUUGUGGGCCACGAGUUCGAGCGGGUCAUCGACCAGCACGGCUGCGAGGCCAUCGCGCGCCUCAUGCCCAAGGUCGUGCGCGUCCUGGAGAUCCUGGAGGUGCUGGUCAGCCGCCACCACGUCGCGCCCGAGCUGGACGAGCUGCGCCUGGAGCUGGACCGCCUGCGUCUAGAGAGGAUGGACCGCAUCGAGAAGGAGCGCAAGCACCAGAAGGAGCUGGAGCUGGUGGAGGAUGUGUGGCGAGGGGAGGCGCAGGACCUCCUCUCCCAGAUCGCCCAGCUGCAGGAGGAGAACAAGCAGCUCAUGACCAACCUCUCCCACAAGGAUGUCAACUUCUCAGAGGAGGAGUUCCAGAAGCAUGAAGGCAUGUCAGAGCGGGAGCGGCAGGUGAUGAAGAAGCUGAAGGAGGUGGUGGACAAACAACGCGACGAGAUCCGUGCCAAGGACAGGGAGCUGGGCCUGAAAAAUGAGGACGUCGAGGCUUUACAGCAGCAGCAGACACGGCUGAUGAAGAUCAACCAUGACCUUCGGCACCGGGUCACGGUGGUGGAGGCCCAGGGGAAAGCCCUGAUCGAACAGAAGGUGGAGCUGGAGGCAGACCUGCAGACCAAGGAGCAAGAGAUGGGCAGUCUGCGAGCAGAGCUGGGGAAGUUGCGAGAGAGGCUGCAGGGGGAGCACAGCCAGAAUGGGGAGGAGGAGCCUGAGACAGAGCCGGUUGGAGAGGAGAGCAUCUCCGACACAGAGAAGGUGGCUAUGGAGCUCAAGGACCCCAACCGCCCCCGGUUCACCCUGCAGGAGCUGCGGGAUGUGCUGCACGAGAGGAACGAGCUCAAGUCCAAGGUGUUCUUAUUGCAGGAGGAGCUGGCUUACUACAAGAGUGAAGAAAUGGAAGAGGAAAAUCGAAUACCCCAACCCCCACCCAUUGCCCACCCGAGGACGUCCCCCCAGCCGGAGUCGGGCAUCAAGCGACUGUUUAGCUUCUUCUCCCGAGAUAAGAAGCGCCUGGCCAACACGCAGAGAAACGUGCACAUCCAGGAGUCCUUUGGACAGUGGGCAAACACCCACCGUGAUGACGGUUACACAGAGCAAGGACAGGAAGCCCUGCAGCACCUGUGACCUUGGCUCAUCUCCACCCUCCAACCUGGACUGCCCGCCACCAGCGCCUGCAGCCGAACCGCAGCCCAGGGUCGUUGCUGCCUCAAGCCUCUCGGUGCAGGCGCACCCGGAAAACGACCCAUCAAACAGACUGACUGAUUUGAGGAUGGACAUUGAAAAACUGACGCCAAACUCUAAAGAAAUGUUUAUUUAUACCCAGGGCUAUCACUGUUUCUAAUAGACGACUCUGAUUCCAUAGGAUAUAUAUUUAAUAAUCCCACAGACGGAGGCCAGACUUCUGCGUUAACUUCAGUAACACAAGCUUCUUUAAGCCAAAUACAUCACUUGCCACUAUCAUUGCUGUUUGACUUGCUUUGUAUAAAAUGCUAUGUGGAGAGGUGUUAUUAUCACAGGUGACAUAGUUCAGCAGGAGGCAUGGAAGGGCUAGAUCUUCAUUAGUUACAUUCAUGAAAUUGUGAUGGCAGCGUCUUAAACAGAAUGUAUCCAUCAGGCAGACAAGGGGUCUGAAGUCACAGGCUCAGUAGCCCAACUCAGACACAAAGCCACAGACAAUAUGGAUGAUGGUCCUCCUACGCAGAAACUGGAGACAACUUUGCAGGCACCCUGGCUGCAUUCCUGAUAAUGCCUAGAGCAUGUAGCAAUGUUCAAGGCAGGUGCCUUGGAAUCUGCUGUGAGUUAUGCAGUACUAACCAAACAAAGUUGCUAAGGAUGAGAUGUUGCAACAUUUCUUGUGUGCCUUUUUUUUCCUGACAUCUUUUUUUUCCUUUUAGGAUUCAUUAAGUCAUAUACUUAGUCCCCUGCAAAGAAGACGACAAACAUACCAUAGCAGAUUGAAAGUGGAGCGUGGGAUCCUAGGCAAUGCAGGAGGGCAGGUGGGGGAGCUGUAGCAGAACAAGGGUGCUAGGUGGGAAGCUGACUUGGGGACCACACGUCUGACUGACUCACAGGGCUACAGCAGCAGACAGAGAGCCAGAUGCUCUGCUGCAACUGGUGAGUUGGAGGCUUGCCCACAUAACACUGUCUUUCUCUCCACCUGCCAAGCAUCCAGGGCACAGGGCUGGGUGCUCAUAGAUUGAGCGAGGUAGCACCUCCUACCAGCAUUCAGGUUUAUCAGGGCCACAUUCUAAACAUUCUACUGAAGUUUGCUAAGAAACCAUCAGUGAGGCCGGGCACAGUGGCUCACGCCUGUAAUCCCAGCACUUUGGGAGGCCGAGCUGGGUGGGUCACUUGAGGUCUGGAGUUCAAGACCAGCCUGGCCAAAAUGGUGAAACCCCAUCUCUACAAAAAUACAAAAAACUUAGCCAGGUGUGGUGGCGCACACCUAUAAUCCCAGCUUACUCAGGAGGCUGAGACAGGAGAAUCCCUUGAACCUAGGAGGCAGAGGUUGCAGUGAGCCUAGAUCGUGCCAUUGUACUCCAGCCUGAGCGACAGAGCAAGACUUCAU